AUGGGUAUAAAGGAUUUGACAAAGGUGAUAUGUGACAACGCUCCAAAUUCUGUCAGCGAACAUGAUCUGAAGUAUUACUUUGGGCGGAAAGUGGCAAUCGAUGCGUCGAUGAGCAUUUAUCAAUUUUUGAUCGCUGUGAGACAGGAUGGAUCGCAGCUUUCGAACGACGCAGGUGAAACAACGAGUCAUUUGCUGGGAAUGUUUUACCGGACAAUUCGAAUGGUGGAAAAUGGAAUCAAGCCAAUUUAUGUAUUUGAUGGAAAGCCGCCGGAAAUGAAAGGCGACGAGCUUCAAAAACGAACUGAUCGAAGAAUUGAAGCAAAGACCGAGCUCGACAAAGCAGUGGAAACUGGUGACACGGAGACGAUAGACAAGCUGAAUCGCAGGCUUGUCAAAGUUUCAAAGGAGCAAACUGACGAGUGCAAAAAGCUGUUGCGUCUAAUGGGCAUUCCGAUCAUCGAGGCACCGGGAGAGGCAGAAGCUCAGUGCGCUGCACUCGUAAACGCAGGCGUAGUUUACGGCGCUGCUACUGAAGAUAUGGAUACUCUAACGUUUGGAUCAAAUGUGCUUCUGCGUCAUAUGACAAAAAUGCCAAUUAAAGAGUUUCGUUUGGCAGAUGUAUUGCAAGGAAUGAAACUGAAUAAGAAUGAGUUCGUAGACCUAUGCAUAUUACUUGGAUGUGAUUAUUGUCCGACAAUCAAAGGCAUCGGACCGAAGAAAGCUUAUGAACUAAUCAAAACGUAUCACAGCAUCGAGGAAAUUUUGAAGCAUAUUGACGCAAAACUAGUCGCUAAUUUUUUUACUAUAACUUGGUCUGAUCCGGAUGAAGAAGGCUUGGUGGAAUUUUUGGUCAGAACGAAAAACUUCAAUGAGGUUCGAGUACGAAACGGGGCUGCAAAGUUGAUGAAAGCACGACAUACCGCAACUCAAGGGCGCAUCGACAAUUUCUUUACCGUGGUACCUGCAACGAAUAAGCGCAAGGUGAGAAUUUUAAAAUAA